UACAGAGAGCUCAGUGAACCAUUCACGGUACAGGCUUGCUGGGAACACACGCUCAGACACGAUCACGCAGUAAGUUACAACUUACAAGUUAAAUGUCUUCUCUGGAGAACAGUCCAGAAUACCUUGUUGUGGAAGACAGCCGUCGGCUGUGAUAUCUGUAAAACCUAUACGAACUUGGACACGAGAGCGCGUGCCAAACGCAUGACAAGUUUACCGUGGCGACGAAAACCACAAGUCAAGUUUACCCACUCCAAUUAAACAGCUGUGAAAAAAUCAAGACAGGCAAACAAUAAUAAACGGCCAUACCAAUAAAUUAAUGGUCUAACUAAACAAACUUGCAGUCGUCACGAUUUCUGAACUUUCGCACUCAUUAUAGUUUGAAGAGGCAGACUCUUUUGAACGUCAGGACUUCAACAACUUUUGUUCAUUUUGAAGGCUUAUUCAUCGGUGGUAAGUAGGCCUAAAGUGACAUGUUACGAGGAGUUACUGUUGCCUUGGCCGUGACGGUCCUCUGGGUGUCGGGGGGCUUUCGCGGCCUGGUCUCGGCGGAGAGGGACAGCCGAGCUUCGCUAGAGCUUGUGGAUGGGGGCUACGUGAAUCUGCUGAUCGGAAUAAGCGACAGGGUUCCUAGCAAUCCAGCCCUGCUAGACCGCAUAAAGUUCGUCUUCACCGAAGCUUCCAAAUUCCUGUUUCAAGCUACCAAGCAGCGUGCCUACUUCAAAGACAUUCAUAUCCUGGUUCCGGAGAGUUGGGAAGACUCGACGGAGUAUUCCAGCGUAGAGUGGCAGCGCUUCGACCAAAGUGACGUCAUCGUCGACUUCUCCAGUGACGGACAGACAAACAACAACCGUCCGUACACGAACAAAGCAACCCCGUGCGGAGAACCCGGACAAUAUAUUCAUCUCACUCCGGACUACAUACUCUCGCAGAGUACUGCACAGCCCUUUGGACCUUAUGACAAGACUCUUACCCACGAAUGGGCGCACUACCGGUGGGGUGUGUUUGACGAAUACCCGCUUCAGAACGGAGCUCAUUUCUACGCUGCUUCCAAUGGGGAUAUUGAGGCUGUCAGGUGUGUCUUAAAAAUAACGGGUGGUCGGGUGCUCCCAAACACGCCAAACGCACCUUGCCAGGUAGACGAAACCGGGCUGCCUGAGCCUGCAUGCCGGUUUCGGGAUGACUUCGACGGUACAGAUUACACCGGCUCCCUCAUGUACAAGCAGUUCUUACCCGCGAUUUCCACGUUUUGUGAGAACGCGGCCAACGGGGUACCGGAGGGGAACGAGCACAACAGGGAAGCACCCAACUUGCAAAACACAGAGUGCCAAGGCAAAAGCAUAUGGGAGGUCAUGCGCCAACAUCGCGACUUUGCUGCGGGUAAGGGCGAGAACGACGUCAACGGGUUCGGCGGGGGCGAGGAGGAGUUUGACGGCGAGCCCGUGCCUGAAUUCACGGUGGUCAAGAAACGAUCCAGCCGCAUCGUUCUGGUUGUAGAUACAUCUGGCAGCAUGAGUGGGCAGAGAUUGCGUCAGCUCAAACAGGCAGCCGAAAGACUGAUUACUGGAAUUCUGGUGGAAGGAGAGAUGCUUGGCCUUGUUGAAUUUGCCAAAAUGAGUGACAUCUUGUCAGAGCUUCGAACCCUCAAUGACGCGAACAGAGAGACACUCCUCUCAGAAAUCAAGAGUCUUACUGCCGUUGGGGCGACUAGUAUUGGAGCAGGGAUUAUAAAUGGUCUGCAGGUAUUGCAGGGUGGUUCGGAGAACAGUGAAGACGCCGCAGGAGGAAAGAUCAUAGUAAUCACAGAUGGUGAAGAGAAUAGGGCCCCGUUCAUUAGAGAUGUCCUUCCCAUGGUUAAUGGUUCAGGCGUAACUAUAGACACUAUUGCUCUUGGUCCGGAUGCUUCACCACACUUAGAACUGCUGUCGACCACCACUGGUGGCACGGCCUACUUGCUCGAGGACAAAUCAGGUUUACUCAGUGAUGUUUUUAGCAAAUCGUCCACAACAGAAAAAGCCAUAACGUCCGUGCCGAUCACCUUGUAUUCAGAGUUCAUCCAAAUCCCAGUAGGUCAAAAUUUCACUGACGCCGUCUACAUAGACUCCUCGAUCGGUCGUGAUACCCAAUUCGUAUUUGGCUACAGCCACCAGGACGGCAUAGCAGUGCGUAUGACUAGACCAAAUAAGACCCUGAUAACGGCGGGCUCGCCAGAGUACGACACCAACUCGGAUUUCAAGCGAAUCCGGAUCGCUAUCCCUGGUGAUGCGCAGGUUGGUCUGUGGACAUUUGAGAUCCGCAACAAGCGCCGGGAAGUGGAGAACGUGACCGUGUUGGUCCAGAGCUACGCCCGGGAGAACCAGGAGCCCAUCCUUAUCCAGUCAUACUGGAGGCACACGACUGUCGUUCCACCACAAAUACAAGCCCUCUACGUGUCCGUAGGGCAAGGUUAUACGUCAGUUGUUGACGCCGACGUCAGAGCUUUUGUUGACCUCCCCUGCGGAAACGGAAAUGAGACAGUGACCUUGCACCCUAAGGAUGAUGGGAUAGGUGCUGACAUCACGAAGGAUGAUGGCGUGUACUCAUCGUAUUUCACCGAGUUCUGUGGCGAGGGAAGAUACGGUGUCAAUAUCGAGGUCAUUAAUGACGGUAUGGUGACGUCUGUGGCAUCCGGUAGCAUCAUUGGUGCGGGCGCCGCGAUCAACCCGGAGUCUACCGGGGAUGACUCCCAGCCCGAGCCUGAGCACCGAAGCACGGGUGAUUUCAGGCGCGUCAGCAUCGGUGGCAGUUUCAAAUGUGAGGGAUCGAACAUUUGCAACGGAAGCAUUGACAUGUAUCCCCCAGCCCGUAUAACUGACUUGAUGGCGACCAAUGUUGAUCCUAACACCAAACAGAUUAAGCUGACUUUCACCGCACCAGGAGACGAUCUAUCCACGGGCAAAGCCUCAUAUUACGUCAUCGUGAUGUCACGAAGUGUCUCCGACAUUUACGACAACUUUGACGGUGUGCCAGAGGUGCCAUUGGAUAGCUUUGUGGAAGGUAAUGUCACGCUGACAAAGGAUGCCGGCGAAACCGAGGUCUUCGUGAUUCGAGUGACAGAGACCGGUGCUUUCAGCUACUCCUUCGCCGUUGUGGCCAUAGACGAUGAUGGAAACCGAGGUGAGCCGUCCAACGUUGUCACGUCAUCAGCCCGCGAUAGACGGCCAGUACCACCGUCGGGAGUCUCCUUGGGGCUGGUCGUCGGUUGCACGCUGAGUGGCGCUGUCCUCCUGAUCCUGGUGCUGAUAGCUGCGGUGUAUGUAUGCCGCAGGAGACGGCAAGCGGGAGAAAAGGGUAAUCCUGAGGUUGGAAUGGUCAAUGGGGGCACCACCGCGGGCAAUAUGUAUGCCGACAACAAUGUUGGGAUGGAAAGCCACCGCCCUGUUCCCGCACCAAGCGCCCAGCCGAUGCCACCCAGUGGCCCUCUGAAACCACCCAAUUCCCCAUGGAGGCCAACUAGUGCCCCGCUGAAGCCACCCGUUGUCCCACUGAAGCCACCCACUUCUCUGAUGAGGCCACCCAGUGCCCCACUGGGCUCCCCAUCCAGUUCCCCACAGAGGCCAACUAGUGCGGCCCCGCUGAAGCCACCCGUUGUUCCACUGAAGCCACCCGCUUCUCCGAUGAGGCCACCCAGUGCCCCACUGGGCUCCCCACCCAGUUCCCCACUGAGGCCAACUAGUGCCCCGCUUAAGCCACCCGUUGUCCCACUGAAGCCACCCACUUCUCCGAUGAGGCCACCCAGUGCCCUACUGAAGCCACCCAGUUCCCCGCUGCCCACAGAUAACCCUGAAGGCAACCUGUACGAGGGAGUCAUCAGCCGCCGACACAAAGAUCCCAACUGGGACCCGACUCUGCCAAACAACAGCGAGGGGGGUGGGGCUAACAUCCAGACAGGUCACGUGGCCAACACUCGGGCCGCGUUUGACAACAUUGGUUUCUUGAAGUAGACAGGGUAUUAAAUCUGUCAGACAAGGAAUUGAUAUAGGGUGGAGAUAAUCUCAUGUCAGGUAAAUUUCAACAAUUGAGUAAAACGUGGCAAAUAAAAUAGCAGGUUCAAAUUUGUUACAUCCGGGCAGCUCCAUAAAUAAAUGUGUUAAGUAAUCUUACAACGGUGUACAUGUAUAGCAAAGAGAUAUGAGAUACAGUGUAGCUCUUACUGUCUUAGGCCACAUUGGGCCAUUUAGUGUUCCUGCAAGCAACUCAUAAAAGAGGUGAGGAUGGAAUGUAUAACUUAAUGUACUGAGAAUUAGAUUGGCUUAAUUGAUAACGUAUGCAAGCGUCUAGAAAUUGCUGUAGUGUAUACAUUGUAACAGUCUCAUCCUUUGGUUAGGGGAGGAUUCCCAUUUAAAGAAGCGGUACCACGAGGUACAGGGUAUAAAUAAUUUCAUAAGAUGAUUGGCUAAUUUGUUAAACAAUCCAAUCAAAACUUGUUCGUUAAAAAAAGCAUGCAUGUUGUACAAACGCUGUGAAUAGCAGACCUUAUCACAUUUUUUUCGUGUUUGGGGUUAAUGUUGAAUGAACAUCAUAAUGAUUUGUAGAUGUUAUAAUAUGUAUACUUAUAAGCAUCGUAAGUUGUUUUCUGCAUAGACUUAUGUCAUUUAUACAUACAUGUAUGUAAAACGCGAAUUGGCUAAAAUUUGGGAUUUUAUCAAUUUUAUUUAAAUGGUUAUUUGUGAAAUGACCUGAAUGGUAGCAUGACUUUGAAACAAAAGUCGCAAAAGAUAUUAUUUAAAGCUUCAAAAAGUGAUAGAUUUCGUUUAUUUUUCAUAAUAAUGACUUCAUUGCUAUAGUGAAAGAUUUCAAAAAUGUACUUAUCAUAAAGUGGCAUUAACUCUUAACAGAUAAAAGACGGCGUUCUUUGAUACUUCCGCAUUCAAACGAUGUUGUGAUACAGCCAGUCUGUUUCAUUAUUUCUCACUUUCACCUGACGCCAAUCAAGUACCAAAUCACUAUAUUAUUUCUUAAAAAGGGUGAUUAGUAAUCUUUAUAAUUGCCUCAUUUCAUACAUUGUUAAAGUUCUUUUUUUAUGCCGAAUAUGAAAAGCGUACAACACAGCUUUGUGUUGAUAUAGAUAUAAUGCUGUACAUAUUGCAGUUGCUGUGAUGUCGAGGCUCAAUUCAUUUUCAAGUCUGAAAUAGUCCAGUUCGUAUAUAUGUGUAUUUUUGUAUUCAGUUUUAUGUUAUGCUUUUUAAUUGGUGUUCUCUUAUAAUUAGCCUUCACUUACAGUAUAGAAGAAGCUUCUGAUUGCGGAUUGAUUGGAUAAAUAUAAACAGUAGGCUUACUGUUGGGAAGCUUAUGAAUAUAGUCUUGAUAUGCUUAGAAGUUCCCGCCAUUUUUGUAGUACUAUUGUAGAGAAAAGAUCAAAACGUCCAAAAGAUCCAAAAAUCUUCCAGAUCCUACCUCUGUAACCGUCUUAGAAAAAUAAUCCUUCCGUGCACUAUAUGAACAGAAAAACGUUCUCGUAUAUAGAUUGAUCUUCAAACGCCGUGUGAUACUUGCAUUGGUACAAGGUAGUGUUAUGUAGUCAGAGGUAAUAUUGUGAUGUGGCAGAUACAAUAAAAAGUUGGUAUUUGGAGUGAUUGGGUUAAGUUGGAAAAUACAAAAGAGUUUACCCAUUCCAAAUAGCGGCUUCCUGUUGUGUCCAGACUAUUUCAGCUUGGAUAAUUGUAUUGUUUUUAAUUUGAUUAUAAAUUUUAUAUUUUACUCAGAGUGCAGCGUGAACAUAACUUGCUGGCGAGUUGUGUUUUUUGCUUGUAUCGAAAUAUUAAAGGUUUUAUAUGAUAUA